CUGUGGGAAAAUGUUUAUUAUGACUCAAAACUUAUUUUACAUCAGAGGAUUCCUACUGGUGAGAAGCCAUUUAAAUGUGAUGAUUGUGGGAAGGCCUUUAAUCAGAGUUCCCACCUCCUUCAACACCAGAGAAUUCAUACUGGUGAGAAGCCAUUUCAAUGUCAUGAUUGUGGGAAGGCCUUUAAUCAGAGCUCCCACCUCCUUCAACACCAGCGAAUUCAUACUGGUGAGAAGCCAUUUCAAUGUCAUGAUUGUGGGAAGGCCUUUAAUCAGAAUUCCAACCUCUCUGUUCACCAAAGAAUUCAUACUAGUGAGAGACCAUUUCAAUGUAAUGAUUGUGUGAAGGCCUUUAAUCAGAGUUCCCACCUCCUUCAACACCAGAGAAUUCAUACUGGUGAGAAGCCUUUUAAAUGUAAUGAUUGUGGUAAGGUCUUCAGUCAAAGGUCAAAACUUAUUAUACAUCAGAGAAUUCACACUGGUGAGAAGCCUUUUAAAUGUAAUGAUUGUGGGAAGGCCUUUAAUCAGAGUUCAAAUUUAAUUGUCCAUCAGAGAAUUCAUACUGGAAAGCUCAUUAAAAAAUCAUGAAUGUGGUAAAGAUUUCAAUAAGAGAACAAACUUCCUGGUACAUCAGAGAAUUCACACUGGUGAGGAACCUUAUAAAUGUGAAGGCUGUGAGAAAGUCCUCAGUUUUCAGUCAUAUUUUCUUGACCAUCAGAGAGCCCAUAUUGGUGAGAAACUUUAGUAAUAUGAUGAAUAUGCAAAAGGGCUCUGUAAGCAUCUAGUACUCAUUGAUCAUCUGAUCAUGUUAGAUAUAAACCUUUUCCGUAAGCUUCUUGUGAGAAUGUUUUGGUACAAAAUA